AUGGUCAAACCUAUCCCUCGUAAACUGGUCGUGGUCGGCGAUGGCGGGUGUGGCAAGGUAACAACACAUUCCGCUACGGUGCUGACACAGUCUUCCCUCUUGACUGUCUUUACGCAGGGCUUCUUCCCCACUUCCUACGAGCCGACAGUGUUCGAGAAUUACAUCGAGGUCGUGGAUGUCGACGGAACGUCUGUAGAACUGAGUCUGUGGGAUACAGCCGGACAGGAGGACUUUGACCGUCUCCGCUCCCUAUCGUAUUUGGACACACAUGUCGUGUUGAUCUGCUUCUCUGUCGACGACCCGAUAUCGCUGGAGAACGUCGAGGCAAAGUGGGGACCCGAAGUGCAUAAACAGUGUGCUGGAGUCAAGAUCAUCCUAACAGCUAAUGACAGCGACUUUAACGAGCUGCUGUAUUCUAUGCGCUCAGUUCUGCGCGCGUUACAGGGUCAUUUGAGGACUUUCCAUCUGGUGGUGUACGACUUUGCCUUUGACGCGGAGCAUGACGCGGCGCGCAUGCCUGGUUCCUUGCCAUCUUCGUCUACGGGGGAUAGUUUGCGGGUAGCCCAGACGCCUACAUGGCUGGACUUUUCGCGGCUCAACUCUACAGAGGGCCCAAACUUGCAGUACGCGGUGCACUCGGAGAUCUUCCAUCUCCCCACACCGGGUGCUAGCAAUGAAGCAGUAAGCGAGUGGCGCACAAAGGCGUUGCCAUCGUACAAUUCCAUGGCGAUUGAGAGCCGACUGGCCUGGCUCCCCGGACUCGCCGAGACGUCUAUUGCCCUCAACGAUGACUUUUUCAUCCUCCGCCCCCACUCUGUCGCGGAUUUCACCUCGGCGCUCUAUGGCAACGUGUUCAGGUUUGACAAGAAUUACUAUCAACAGCCCAAACCGGUAUUGUCCAAGAAGCUAUUCAACGAUGCCGGCGAAACCAGCGGCCUCGUUCACGCGAAUCAUUACCUUUCGAAUCGGUUUCCGAGACGCCGAAGGCCAUAUGUAUUGCACGGACCACGAGUCAUGUCGCGCACAAUGCUCGACGAAGCGAGUAUCAUGUUCGCGGACGUGUUGAAGACCAGCUCGGCUCGUCGGUUCCGAGAACUCAAGCACAGCCCAGAUAUUCAUAUCAUGUGGCUAAUGACUGCGCUCAAGGUGGAGCGGUGGCGUGAGGCGUUUCUCUGGACGUACGUGGUGGCCAACCUAGGGGCUGAGGGGGUGUGGGGAACGUCGGCGCGCGAGGCCAUCAAGGACUUUUUCGAUAUUCGCGACGGGGAGGAUAUAGAGGGUAUCCAGGUGAUGCGAGGGGAGCGGUGGACGACGAACCGGAUGAGAGUGGACAAGACGUUUCACCAGAUGGGAUGGCGGCCCCCCGUCCGAGUCAAGUAUUUGUUUUCGUCUAUGGAUGGCCAUCUUCCGCCCAUUGUCGAGCCAGGACGCGCGGCCAACUCCACCGACAUGUGCGAUUUCGAAUUGACCAGAUGUUUAGGGCCAUUCUGGAGCGAUCACCUCGACAUACCAUCACAGGACAUGUUCAAGCGCCUAGCAUUUGAGGAGAGCCAAUGCGGCGAUUGUUUGAUAAUGGCCCUAGUCUCAGCGUCGGGAUACCUAGGCCUAUCCGCUAUAUUUCCCCCACAAGACGCGACAUAUACUCGUCCACGCGGAACACCCCCGUCCGUCGUCCCACACCUCCCCCUCACACCUACGUGGCAAGAGGCCGACUUCUCCCUCGCCUCGGUUAUGGCUAACUCUGCAUUGCCCGGAAAAGUCAACCUCCGACACUAUACUAUGCGUCUUCUCGCGCGAUACCUCUACGUCUCUGGGGCAACCGAUGCCCAGUUCAAGGGACUCGAGAAUCCAAAACAGACUAACGAGACUUUGCGAGAGAUUGACCGGCUCAAGAAUACCGCCGUGCUCGGGUUGAACGACAAUGUCGAGGACGGGGAGGGGGAGGUCAAGGCCAUUCUUGGGGGAUGGUUUGAGAGGCGAUGGCCGAAGCCUGCGCCUUGGGAGCGGACGGUUGGAUGA